UGGGAUUAUGAGACCGGUGAUUUUGAACGCACCCUGAAAGGCCACACAGAUUCUGUGCAGGAUAUUUCCUUCGACCAUAGUGGCAAGCUACUGGCCUCCUGUUCUGCAGAUAUGACCAUUAAGCUAUGGGAUUUCCAAGGCUUUGAGUGCAUCAGAACCAUGCAUGGACAUGAUCAUAAUGUUUCCUCAGUAGCCAUCAUGCCCAAUGGGGAUUAUAUAGUAUCUGCUUCGAGGGAUAAAACCAUCAAAAUGUGGGAAAUUCAAACAGGCUACUGUGUGAAGACUUUCACGGGGCAUCGAGAAUGGGUCCGCAUGGUACGACCUAACCAGGAUGGCACGCUGAUUGCCAGCUGUUCCAAUGACCAGACCGUGCGUGUCUGGGUGGUAGCAACAAAGGAGUGCAAAGCUGAACUUAGAGAACAUGAGCAUGUAGUAGAGUGUAUUUCCUGGGCUCCCGAGAGCUCUUACUCCACCAUAUUGGAAGCUACAGGAUCUGAGACUAAGAAGAGUGGUAAGCCUGGGCCGUUCCUGCUUUCUGGAUCUAGAGACAAGACCAUUAAGAUGUGGGACAUUAGUACUGGCAUGUGCCUUAUGACCCUGGUGGGCCAUGAUAACUGGGUACGUGGUGUCCUGUUCCACUCUGGUGGUAAAUUUAUUUUGAGCUGUGCCGAUGACAAGACCUUACGUGUCUGGGACUACAAGAACAAAAGAUGCAUGAAGACUCUUAAUGCGCAUGAACAUUUUGUUACCUCGUUGGAUUUCCACAAGACAGCGCCCUAUGUGGUGACCGGCAGCGUAGAUCAAACAGUAAAAGUCUGGGAGUGCCGUUGAUUGGAUUUACAUCUGACCCCCUCCCUCCCCUCCCUCUCCCUCUGGAUGCACUCGGAUACCAUGGUUACCCAUUGAGCUCUGUUUAAAAUAAAUAUUGUCCUUUCAUGUAAAUUAUUCUGGAUGUAGAUUGAGCUUAUUAAAUGUUACACACAAAGUAUUCAUGCAUGGUGAAUCCAAAUUGUAUACUGUAAAUUUACAUACGUUGUCUAGAAGUACCAUAGGUUUAAGAAUUUGGGCUGGCAUUGGUCACAUCAGACCUAAGAAGGCAGAAGCCGGUUGGUUGAAUUAGGGGCACUUAAACUGGUGACAGCAAAAUCAUUCUGUACUGGAUAAGCUGAAUCCCCGACUCUACUGUUGGUGGUGCCUAUUUACUAAGUGACUCAUAACGGGGGUUCUUUUUUGCGGGGGGCGGGGUGGGUUAUUUCAGAAACACGUAUCUCUGUAACAUCACUUAAGUAUGCUUAAGAAAUCUAAAGUUACUAGAUUUAAAACAAAGCUGCAACUUAGAAUCUUAAAUGUAAUUAAUGGAAACAAAUAAAAUUUCUGUUUUUCCCCCCCCCCCCUUAUAAGAUUUGUCAAACCAAAAGGAUAUAUAUUUAUUUUGGUUUCCUAUCACAUUUAAAAGAAGAAGAACAAAGUUAGUAUGUUCAUACUAACAGGCUGCAAAAUAGGAAGAGAACCUUGGUAUGAAGUGUGUGUAUCUCCCCCCCCUCCCAAAUUUGGUUGUCAAGACAUCCUUGCAUUCUAACAUUUGACGCUUCAUGCAAAACCCAUUAUAGGAGGCUGCUAGUCUUGCUCUUCCUUAGCUACCACUUGGAGCAGUUAGAUGUGAAUCUCCCAGUUGACUCCUGAGGGUUCAGCCAAUGGUGUCUCUUGGUUGGUUUUGAUUAUGGUUUCAGGUUCGUGCAAAGCCAACAGUAGGGAAAGCCAUCACCCCUCUCCCCCUUUUCCCCCCCCCCCCCCCCCCAAAGCUGCUGGAGAUUUAUUAAGUGAGACAAUUCUGCACUCCCUUUUCAAAGCAAGCAGUCCCAGAUUUUGGAAUGUUUUGUGGAGAACAUAGCAAGCUCUUGCAGUACGACAAAAAUUCCUGUUACUGCAAAUGAAAAACAGUUAUAUGCUAACUGAGAGCUUGCAAGUUUCUAGAUCAGUAUUUCUCAACCUUAGCCACUUUAAGAUGAGUGGACUUCAACUCCCAGAAUUCCCCAGCCAGCUUUGUUAUGCUGGCUAGGGAAUUCUGGGAGUUGAAGUCCUCGUCUUAAAGUAACUAAGAUUGAGAAACACUGAUCUAGAUCAUUUCACAACCACAUUUUGUUCCUUAAAUCCCCCUACCACCACCUCCAACCUAUUCUUCUUGAGGAAAUAUGGGCUACAGUCCUAUUUCAAUGUGGAAAAUUGGAAGAAAAUCCUAUUUAUUAGCAUUAUCUGCUCUUUUAACACCCCCCCCCCCCAAUAAAGUCUAAUCUUAACUGAUCAGGUAUAUCUUUUUGUACCCCCAAACCCACUACAUAUUAACGUAGCAAGCUGUCAGUUGGACCUAUUUUAAAAGAAAUGGUUAUUUGCUUUUAUUUGUUUUAUGACUUAUUUAACAAACAAACAAAAAGCAAAAUGUGUCCCUUUUAAACACAAGUCACAGAAACACAUUUUGGGAGGAUUGAAAUGCAUGCCAAGAGAAAAUAAGGUUCCAUCACAAACAUUGGUUCACCCCACUGAUUUGUGUGUGUGUGUGUGUGUGUGUGUUUUGAGGCAUUUGGGUUUCUUAUCCAGGAACUAGGAGACCAAAGGUAGCUUGAGAGUAUAGAGGCUGGAUGUGAUCCUGUCAUUUUGUGGUCAGUAAGAACUUGUAGACCUUGGAUAUUGGAGGUUUCCUAUUUUAAAGCGAUGGCUCUUUGGUUUUUUGAGCAUGGAACAAUGCCUGCUAACAGCUUAAAAAUAUUUCUUGGCCAGAUGUAGUGACACUAAUGAUUUUUUUUUAAAAAAAGUGGAAGUAACUAUAUUUGCAUAAUCAGUGAAACAAGGGUACCUUACUAACGGGGGCUUACCACUGUUGCUUUUUUUCCUACUGAAACAGCAAAUAGAGAUUGAAGCCAAAUGUUUUUCUUCAAUUUAUUUUGGGGGGAAAGGAACUUGCAAAUUGGCCCCUUAAUUAAUAGCCCAUCAUUAGUAAGCAUUCUCAGGGACAGUUGUGGGUUUAACUAGUUAACUAAGCCACAUUUUUCAACACAAAACCAAAUGGGGGGAAAAAGUUCACCGUUGAAGCAUUUGGUCAUUUCAAUCAUGGGCAAAGUGGCUACCAAAUGCCAGAUUUCUCUAGGGAUGUUCAGCUCUCUGUGUCUGUUCAGUUGCAGGCAGUUUUUCUUGGAACCAUUCCAGAACUAGGAGCUGAGACUCUGCCCAUGAGAAGUCCUAGAUCCAGAUGUUUGUUUGUUUUGUUUUGUUGUUUUGGUUCUUUCACCUGAAAAAAAAGUGCAAACUUUUAUUUUACUUUUUUAUUUGGUGGUGGUGGUUUGAACACAAAUCCAAAAACUUAAGUCAGGGUGUCCAACUUUGGCAACUUUAAAACCUGUGGACUUCAACUCCCACAAUUCUGGGAGUUGAAUUCCACAGGUGUUAAAAGCUGCCCAAGAUUAAGACACCCUUGACUCAAGUCUUGGAGCAAUCUGCACUUUACACUUUUUUGUUUUUGUUUUAAAAGCCGUCCUACUUUUGUGUGUGGUGUGACCAAUGAUGUGCCCAGAGCACUAAUAAUGAAAAAUUACAAAAAAAAAACAAAAACCAACAACAACCACAAAAUAUUAGUUGCUAGCAAGUUGUCAAGAGCUGUGGAGCACUGUAGUCUUUUGAAAGCUUUGGGGAUUGCUUCACUGCCCCCUUUCCUCUGAUCUCCCGUAUCCCUUUCCAGGUUUGUUCUGUCUGCUGAUCUUUCUGUUUUUGCCUCUUAUCUUUCUUUAUGUCAGUCGAAGAGUUGGUCAAAUCAUCCUUAAAACGGCCUGUUCUCGUGACUCCACAACCUGAUCCAUCGAAAGCUAUUUAAACACAGUAAUAUUUUGCGUUGGGUUUCGCACACAGUUGUGGCUUGAAAAUCCUGAAAUGCAGUUUGGAAUGUAAAAUGGACCGGAUUUGAGAGAGAAAAUGACAUCUCUGUUUAUGAUUUCACAGUUACGUAUUUUUUUAAAAAUGCCCAAGGUACUAGCUAUUCUAAAUCUCUAUUGAUGAUGGUGUAUAAAGUUGGUAAAAGUGAUUGGGGAAGAAAUAAGAUAAGGUUGAUUUUAAAAAAAAAGUGGAACUGGAUUUAACAAGUCACAACUGGAUAUUAAGUCGGUUCCACUUCCUUUUUUCUCCUUCUGUCCUUGUAACUGCUUUCUUGUCCUAAGCACAUUCUUUGAAUUUUUCCAAAGUUCUUUCUGGAAGUAAUGAGCAAAAAUUGUCCAUGUUUUAGAAGUUUGCUCCUGACACUGACAAGAAGACACGAGUCUCACUCUCUCUCUCUCUCUCUCUCUCUUUUUUUAAUCCAGUAAGAGCGAUUUAGAAAUUGCUAUUGGAGAACGUUUUUCCUCACCCCCUGCAGAAUGUAGGAGUUAACUGAAGAUAUUGACACAAUUAAAAUUAAAAAAAAAAAUCAGUAAAGGAAUGUAUAUAAUACUGCUCUGUGUUUUACAGUAAGAUUUGUUGCUCUCAGACUGUGUAAAACAAAAUUUAUUCAUGUUUUCUGCAUAUUAAAACAAAAAUCUUAUUGUACCAAUUGGUAAACUAUUAAAUGAAUAUAAAACU